AUGGUAGAUGAGCAAGAUAAGCUACUGCCUAUUGCCAACGUGGGUAGAAUAAUGAAGCAAAUCCUGCCACCAAGUGCCAAGAUCUCCAAAGAAGCCAAACAAACAAUGCAAGAAUGUGCAACUGAGUUUAUAAGUUUUGUAACAAGUGAGGCAUCUGACAAGUGUCACAAGGAGAAUCGCAAGACAGUGAAUGGAGAUGACAUCUGUUGGGCUCUCAGUGCUCUAGGGUUUGAUAACUAUGCUGAGGCUAUAGCAAGGUACUUACAUAAAUAUAGGGAAGCUGAAAGAGAAAAAACUAACCAAAGCAACAAAGUCAGUAGCAGCCAAGACAAAGAUGAAGAAUCAAACCAUAAAAAGGAUCAGAAUGUUGAAAGCGGGCAGCAAAUUGAAACUUUAACUCCACUAGAGUCCAGGCUUCUUGAGAAAGAAAAAAAGGACUCUUCAUCUUUAGAAAGUUUCAAUUCAAGUUACUGAACUUUUUCCUACCGGCAAAAUAAGCAAUCUUUCUCAAAGAGGGAAAUGAAAAAAAGUAAGUAAAGAUCAAAGUUCAAGACCAAACAAGCAGUUCAAUUGUAUCAUCUCAGGUAAAUAAAGCCUUCAAAAACU